AUGUGUCACAGAAGUGCUAUCUACAGAAGUAACGAAGAAGAAUUUAGAGAAUUAACUUAUAAAGAUUUUAUAACUCAAAAAUUCUUGAUUACAAAGUUAGAAAAAAAUUCUAUAGUCUUAAUUAUUGGAAGAUAUGUAUUUGAAGAUGCCAAAUAUCUUACUUUAGUACAAACUGUACUAAUUUCCACCUCCAGUGACGAAAUCGAAAUCACUCCCGAUGACCUAUCCUAUUCGUCUUCACUAUUACUAUUUUCUGCUUCUGUCAUUUCUAACUUUCACUUUUCUAAUAGCGAAUUUGGUAGAGAAAGCCUCAUGCUCUCUAAAAAAUUAUAUAAUGGCAUUACUGGUUAUAAAAAUAUAGAAUCUGAAGUUAUUAACUAUGCCAGUAACGAACAAACCUCUAAUAAUACAAAUAAAGAAAAGGCAAAAGCUCAAAGUGAUAUCAAUGAUCAUCUCGAAGAAAAAAAUAAUACACAAAUUUUACUGCCUACUUCUCCCUCAAAGCCACAAAAAACUGAACCUCAAAAAAAUAAUCCAAAACUGCAAAACAAUAAAUCUACAACUGAUAAUUUUUACAAGCUGUAG